GCGCGAAUUAUACGUAUUUUAACAUGAGAUUUGUCGUUCAACUUCAUCCGAAAUUCCGUUCUUUGAAACAAACGACGUUUUGACACAACUACGUAGACGAUAUCUCACGUAUCGUUCCAUUGCACUUUUUUACAAGAUACUAUCGAUGAGAUAUUCAAUAAUUAAAUAUUAUUCGUUACAUAUUGGCAUAUCGGAUCGCGAGGGAAUGCACCUUACCAAAUACAUUUCUAUAUAUAUGAAAUGUAACAUCACUGGCAAAGUUAUCGUAUAACAAUCAAUUGAAUAAAUAAAGAGAAAUAUUAUUUUAUAAAGAUAUAACACGAACGUACAAAAUGACGACACUAUCUUAUUGCUUUCUAAAACUUUUCAAUAUCGGAUAAAUAUUAUUUAAUGCGUCCUGCAAUUCAGACCGUUUCUUUGCACCUGCAACAUAAGCUAAUCUUAAUAUCAUAGAUCGGUAUACAUACGAUAGAUGCGACUGGCUUGAGAGGAUAAUACCUUAAUAAGCAUAAACGGUAAAGAAACUAUUAUAUUAUAUCGAUUGAACAUUAUUCGAUCUUACCAGUUAAUACUAUCUUUCCAUUUACAAAUAUGAGCAAUACCACUCUAGGUAAAACCAUCCUAUAUAUUAAACCGGAAUAGAGCUCUGGUUCGUAACUUGAAAAUUGACCAUGCAUUUGAUUUAAAUUUUCCAACUUAAUAGGAAAUUUAAGAUCACAGGUAGCGACUAUAUUUUGUACUUUAAAAUUAUAAAAUUUGGCCUGCAACGAACGAGAUGAUAUAUUACAGGAAGGAUAUAAUGAAAAGUUUAAUUUCAUUAAUAUGAGGAUCCAGGCGACGUCCUUACCGGGAAACCCAAUUUUUGUAUAAUCCUGGCAAACUUUCUUGCUGCCAAGCAAGAAUCCGCCUCGCUUCUGGCCCCGGUACAAACUAAUUUUCCAGAACGAAAGAUCAAAGCUGUCGUCGUGGGGUUACGUAUUCUCAUUAUUAAACCGGUGAAUCUUGCUGGAUUAUAUUCCGAAUUCCUAGUUCUCGUAUUAAUAUACAUCAGUCUUAAUUCCGUACCUAAGUUAACGGUGGAAACGACGUUUCUGGAAAAAGAAAAAAAAAGAAAAAGGAUAAAAAAGGGAAUGGGGUAUGGCUCAGAGAAGAUCUAGGAGAAUUUUCUUACUGUACGCAAGCCUCUGGAAUCUCCUUUGUACUAUUGACCGUAUUGGGUACCAUCGGAUUCAUGGUAGUAGAUGGAUUAACAUUUUGAGAUGUACUUGGCCGUGGCACGUUAGUCUGCAAUCAAUUGUGCGUAAUCAAGUUGAUUUCUUAAACGUCAUCGUGAAUUCGUAAUUAAUAACCUACCGAUAACGGCGGAGCCAUACAUAUAUCCUCGGUAAUAUUUCUCACAGGAGGAGCGUUCAAUAAUUGUUUCAACUCUUCGUUAUUGUCUUGCUCGAGAGUUGCCAUUCUUCUUCUUUCCUUCAAACUAAGUUUUCUAGAUUUGUUUGAUGUGAGAGAGAGAGAGAGAGAGAGAGAGAGAGAGAAAAAAAAAAAGAACUCGCGUCUACCAGACGGACACGUGGCCUCAGACCGGUUGACAAUUGUUAUUGGCCUGAAGUUGGCCCAAAGUAAAUAUUAUGGAAGAGUCGAAGAUAUUUUCUGACGCAUGCGCAGUCCCUUGAUUCGAAUGGACCAAUACGAACGAAGGACGCGCUACACAACUAUUAUACCUAUUUAUUAUCAAAUAUUUAUUUAUACAACCUAUGUUGUAUAACCGAUUAACAUUAACAGGAUAUUAUCAUGAUAAUUUGAAAAUGUUAUGCAAGCCAAAAACGAAUUCCAUGGACAAUUACGUUAUACGUAAUUAAUUCUUUCCUUAAUACUAUUGGCCAUUAUAGAAGCCUAUCGCGCCAUUAGCUGGUGUCUAAUUCGUUGCCAUUGACAACGCGACGUAGCGUUGAGGUUAAAAGGAUGGUGAUAUACGUUUUGUCGAAAUAAACGAGGACGUCUUUAUCGUCUUUUCCUUUUCAUUAGUCGAUUAAUCGUCUAAUGUCGACGAGAGUGUUCGUUGACAUUAUCGUUGAUCUCGUUGAUACAUUCGUCGAUCUUCUUCUAUCUAUCUCUCUGGCAGAAUAAGGAAAGAUGAGUUCGAUCUUUGGUGGAGGAAGUAGCGACAACAAUAAUGUUAACGUUGUCGUCUUCGAUGCGUCGAAGAAUGAAAGAAAAUUGAACGAGGAGUUCAAAGUGUUGCAGAGAAAGUUGAAACCAAAAUGGAAAUUGAUCGAAAACAACGAUACCAUCACCGAAGAAACAUUGACGAGUGGACGGGUCUUUGUAUUACCGGGACCGAGAAAUAAGUUCACCGAAGUCGAAAUGAACGCCAUCAGAAAUUUCGUCAACACCGGCGGCAACGUUCUAGUGAUGCUAGGCGAAGGUGGCGAAAACAAAUCGAACACGAAUAUUAAUUUCUUGAUCGAGGAAUACGGGGUGAUGGUGAACAAUGACAGCGUCGUACGUAUGGGUUACAAUCAAACGUUACAUCCGAAGGAGUGUCUCGUCUCUCAAGGCUUGUCGAACAGAUCGACCUUUUCGAAGGAUCACAACGAAUACUCAGAGAUCAACUUUCUUUAUCCGUACGGUGCGACCUUGAACGUUGUGCAACCUUCGGUGGUCGCAUUGUCAAGCGGCUCAAUCGCUAUUCCAAUGAACAGGCCUAUCUGUGCAUACUAUUCGGGUAAAAAUGGAUCUGGUAAAUUGGUCGUUUUGGGCUCGGCAAGGAUGUUUACGGAUCCCUAUAUCGAGAGGGAAAAGAAUAGUGCCUUGCAAGAUAUGAUUUUCGAUUUCUUCGAUUCGAACGAUACGACCGAGAGAGAUUUACGUCAGCCGGACGACGUCGAUUUUUGGGAAUACAACUUUGUACCCGAUAUAACGCAACAAGCGGACAAUCCAAAAGUUUGUACGCAGGAUCUCGACAAUAUCGAGAUUCCGCGAGAAUAUACGAAACUGUUUAAACAUCACUUUUACUCGAUAAACUUGAAUAUGGUACCGGCUGCUAUAAAGGCAUACGAAACUUUGGGAGUGAAGCACGAACCAUUGAGCUUGAUACCAGCUCAUUUUGAGGCACCUCUGCCGCCUACCCAAGCAUCGGUCUUUCCACCGAGCUUCCAGGAAUUACCACCGCCGGCCUUAGAAUUAUUUGAUCUGGACGAGGCAUUUAGUUCUGACUUAUUGAAGUUAUCCCAAUUGACGAAUAAAUAUAUGUCGAGUAAGAAUUUAUCGAACGACACCGAAUUGGAUCAUUACAUUAGAGAAUUUGGUAGUAUAUUAAGGAUAAGCAGUUCGGACAUUCAUACGGCCAGUGAAGUAUUGAAUCACGUUUUUCAAAAGAUCUCCAGUUAUAAGACCAUGCAAGAAAGAAACGAAUAUACCUGAGGCUAAUACGAGGACGAAAGAUGAUU